GAAUGGACUAGCCCAGUGACCUUCGACCUUCAAACAUGGCGGCCCACUGGCGGAUUUUGGCCGUCGUAGCCGUGAUUUGCUUCGGUUUGAGGCACGUUUUCUUUGCUGGUCCCUAAAAACUACACCAAACGGCUAGCCAAAAACUCUUCUUCAAAUGCGGCUCAUGUUUAGAUAUCUUUUCUCCAACGUCAAGCUAUGAGAGGCCGUGAAUUGGCGUGAAGGUAGCUAGGUGGAUCCGCCCCCUUCCUGUUUCAAAACGUACGUGCGGACAGACGACUUUCGGGAGGCCAUAAAUUGUGCAGACCUGUGAGAGAUGUCUGGAAGCGGUAUCACGGCGUCAGGUGAGCAGUGGCUGCGGGAGAUGGAGGGUUUCCGCGCCAACCCCACAGCCUACCUGGUGGGCAGGAGGAUGGACGAGGAAGGGUUCGCGUUGGAUGUACUGCAGGCACUGUACUCAGAUGAAUUGUCAGAUACCAUCAAAGUGCAGUUACUUGGGCUGCUGAAGGAAAGGUGUGGAGUGUUGUUAAGCACCAACACAAGUGUAGAGCAGACAGUUGGAUCUCUCACUGGAAUCUUCCAACAAGCUAAUGUAGACACAGCAGUGUUCUUCAAAGGCCAGGUUCUUGUGGCCAUAACAACUAUAUUAAUCACAAGAGAUCAACUGGUGGAGCAGCCCCAGUUGGUGGAAGAGUUUCUCAACACCCUACUGGAUGUGGUCGGUAGGAUCAACAGUGGGCCUGACCAGGUGCUGAGGGGCGUGGCCUGCGAGUGUCUGCGAGAAAUGGAGAUGUCUUAUCCUGGUCUCCUUAUGCGAAAAGUUGGACACCUGUAUGCCAUGUGUGAAACUGAGAACACUUUUGUAGGUCAGAGCUAUAUGAUGCUGUUUGUGACUGUUUUGAGAAAUGCUAUGCAGAACAUCCUACAGGAAACAGAGGUGACAGAAAAGACUCAAUUGACAGAACUCUUGGCAGGGAGAGUGGAACCAUUUAAGCCUAUAUGUUUGCCAGACAAGGUGGACAGCAACACAUUCCCCUUGAUACAAACGGAAAGAGAGCAGACACCCAGUGCUGACACGAAAGGGUUGGAGAGUAAAGAGCUGAAGAGUGUCAUCUCGGUGGUUGUGGAGCAGCUCCCCCUGCUGACUUCUGCUGGAAAGGCAUUUGUGCUGAGGCAGCUUAUCAGCUGUGUGGACAUGUCUCCUGGCCUUUCAGCCUCUGUAGGUUAA